UCCACCCCUUUUAAAGAUUUCGGCAUUAUUUCUUGGCAUAUGUAUAAUCAAGGAAUAUAUGGAAAAGGUACCUAGUUUAUCUACAAUAUGCAUAUUUAGCCCGUGCUAAACACGGGCUUGCUUGUAUUUUGUUUUGUAUCUCAGAUUCUCACUGUACCCAUUGUACACCUUGCUGGUGUUGUUGUGAUCUUCCUAUAAUUUGCUAAAUCUGUAUAUCUUACGAUUUUCGGAUAAAUGACGGAAUUCCUGAUAAAAGUACGUAUCAUUUGUCUUCAGAUAAUGCGACUUGAUAUAUUAAAAUUGUCACAGAGUUACAUAAUUAAAAUCUUGGAAUAAUGAUAAUUUCAUUAGAGAGUUGAUUGAGAAAAAUAUCCUAGUUAUCUAGAAUAUGCUCUUUACCCUUUUCCAAAUAGGCAUACGUCACUAAACCCCCUUAAGUUUGGGCGUUUCUCAGAUACUGCCCUUAACUUUUAAGAUGUCACAAAACCCCUUAAGUUGUGGGUUCUCAGCAAGCGCUCUUCAACUUUGAACAUUUUACAAAACACCUGUUAAAUGCAUGAACCACUAUUUUCACUGGCGAACAUAUCCCCCUCCUUAAUUUUACUCACCCAUAUGUAAAUUGCGGUUAGCGCCAGUAGUUUUUUUUAAUCUAAUAUUGAAAGUUGAAUGAUAUUUCCUGAGAACCCCAAAACUUGAGGGAUUUUGUGACUUUUUGAAAGUUAAGGUGGUUAUCUGAGAAACGUCUAAACUUAGGGGUGUUUUCUGAAAGUCACCCUUUCUUUAUGAAUAUUUUCCAAGUGUGCAAUGCAAAUUAAAGAACGUAGUUUGCUUAACGAGUUUGUAUACUAAUAAAUACUUAAUCAAUAUGCUGGGCCCUAUGGCGGCCAUUGCUGGAAGUUUUUCUCUUCUCACUCACUCGACGUCUGAGAGGAAUCAUGAAAGGAUUAGCAUUCAUGCUUUCUCCCUUUUCUUUUACUUAGUUCUUUUGUUUAAAUUGAGGAAAACAAAUUUUUCUUUGAUGUUAGUUGCACCAACAAUUUCUUUCACUGGAUUUUCUCUAAGUUAUUUGAGUUACACCUAUACAGAUAUUGUGACAAAAGCUGCAUGGAGGGCUUGGAACAAUAUCAUUUCUAUCGUGUGUUCAUCUUUGUUUUCCCAAGUGCUACUCUCAAGGAUUUCACUUCUUUUUCAGAGGAAUCUGAUUCUGUGGCUUAUUAUUUCGGCUUUCAUAUCGUUCUUUCUAUACAAGCUACAGGUGGAUUCAAGUCCAUCAGAGCCUAAAUUUAGCAGCGGCUGGGAGAAUCUGAAACUGAAAUUUUCUAUCAAGCACAAUUAUACAUGAAAGAGUAGGAGCUAAAACAGUACUCAUACUGUUAAAUGUGAUUAUUGACUUGUUUGUUGAUUCUAUCACGCAGUUUGGUGAUCAUAAGGACCCUGGAGUAUUGGGACUCUACUUUUCUUCAAUAUACUUUUGGGGGAGGAAGUUGAUCAAACUUAUUGUUACACCACUAUUGCAAAGGCACUAAAUGCAUUCAGCUCAGCUACAUUUAUAUUUUUGAAUGUGAAAUCAUGCAGCAGAAUUAGUUUGAAUGUGAAAUAUUGCAAAUAACAAUUCAUUAAAUUAGGAGAAGAUUAGUAUAAAAUGUUAAAAUACCUAUUUGCUA